ACUCUGAAUGAGGAAGGGGCAGGGGGGCGAGCAGGGAAAAUGUGGGAGGAAAAACUAAAUCCAGGGACCUGAGUCAGCAGCUGCAGCGGUGCCAGUCUGCCGAUCCCCACAACUUCCGCUGAUCCGUUUCAUCUUCACACACAUUCCUAGUUAACAAUGGAGCUGAAUUGAUUUACAGUGAAGAGCGUCUUUGUUAGAGGACGAAUACAAGCAGAACAGAGGAGGAAAGAGGACCGAGCGGACCAUCCGGAGACUCUGAGCCGCUGUUUUCCUUGAGGCCUCAUGUCUGUCCGAAUUUCAGCCAUGAGCGUCCUUCCUCCUGUUCGACGGGACCGAGUCAUCGCUCAGCUCCCUCAGUGUUUCCGAAAAGAGGCGGCCAUCCACACUAAAAACGAUUUCAACAAUAAAGUAAAGACUGCGUGUCAGGAGCAGCGGACCGGCACUGUGGGCAGAUUUAAAAUAUCCAAGGUCAUCGUGGUGGGGGAUCUGGCUGUGGGGAAAACCUGCCUGAUUAAUAGGUUUUGCAAGGAUACAUUUGACAAGAACUAUAAAGCAACAAUCGGUGUUGACUUUGAGAUGGAGCGCUUCGAGGUGCUGGGUGUUCCUUUCAGCCUGCAGCUGUGGGACACCGCAGGCCAAGAGAGGUUCAAGUGCAUUGCUUCUACAUACUACAGAGGAGCCCAGGUUGUGAUAAUCGUGUUUGAUGUAAAUGAUAUUGCCUCUCUGGGCCAUGCAAGGCAGUGGCUCGAAGACGCUUUGAAAGAGAACGACCCCACCGCUGUCCAGCUGUUCCUCGUGGGCACCAAGAAGGACCUCAGCUCACCUGCUCAGUAUUCCCAGAUCGAACAAGAUGCCCUCAAACUAGCAAACGAGAUCCAAGCUGAGUAUUGGGCGGUUUCAUCGCUGACAGGGGAAAACGUGAGAGAGUUUUUCUUUCGGGUUGCAUCAUUAGCGUUUGAGACCAACGUUCUUGCUGAGCUGGAGAAAAGCGGAUCGAGGCAAAUCGGAGAUGUUGUCAGGAUUAACAGCAAUUCUAACAAUCUGUACGCUGCAUCGAAGAAGAAACAGUCCAACUGCUGUCAGUAAGGAUGGAAGCGGGAGGUUAAAAUCGAUGGUACGGACUGAAAG